AUGGUGAAGAACGAUGACUCUGACGGAAACACAGACACAACUCGCGGGUCAUGCUUAAAAUUAGUCACAGCAUUCGCCAAAAGUUCUGUAAUUGCCAUUCCAAUCAUGCCCCAUGUUGCUGCUACCAGCAUACGCUGCAGCCAAGAGCUGUUAACAAUAUCCAGAGCAAGACAAUCAGUGGCGGAUCUUCUUGGGAGUUUAGGGGGUCGUGGCCCCCCCAAAGUUUUGUAA